AUGAGACUCAUAGCAGUCCCACUCGCCCGAGCGAGACCCACCUCCCAUCCAAUCUCCACCUUUGUCGCACAAACAGCCUCUCGAGCAGCCGAAAAAGCAGCCGCAGCCGCAGCAGCCAAACAGCAAGAUGGAAGCAAAGCAUCCCAACUCCCCUUCACAACGCGUAUGCUCAACAAGGCCUCCGCCUUUUGGGUCAAUCUCGGUCGCACAGAUCAGAAGAGCACUUUGAACUGGAAGCGCAGAACUUACGUGCUGGGAGAGCGACUGAUGGACCGUAUCGAGUACCAAGAAUGGGCGUUGAAGGGCAUCGAUCCUACUAUGGGACCACAUCUGAUUCAUGGUCGGGCUAAGGAUGAGAACGAGCAGGAUCCGAACGAGGUCAAGUCGGCGGAGAGUGGGAUCCCGAAGUUGGAUCACAUCCCGUUAUUGUAUCCCCCUUCCUUGUUGAAUCCGGAUAGGUUGAUGAAGAGUUUGAAUAACUUGACGCAUCACAGGACGCCACAUCAUUAUAGGAGAUUCUGGUACUGUGUGGUGGGAAUGCCGAUUACGAUUCCUUUUGCGCUUGUUCCCGUCGUCCCAAAUCUGCCGUUCUUCUACCUCGUAUACAGAGCAUGGAGCCAUUGGAAGGCAUACAAAGCAUCCCAAUACCUCUCUAACUUAAUCGGCCAAAACCGCGUCCAGCCAACAGAAAGCAAGGAGCUCGACGCCAUCUUCUCCCAACCCGCGCCCAUAGCUGCUCCUGCAGACUCGACAUCAACAGAAGCAUCGACUAGCGAAGCAACAAACCCGGCAGCGGAAGACGAACGCAUGCUUUUGUUAGCUCAUCACAUUCCUACGCUGAUGGACAAGAUGCAGUUCCCCGAAUGGGUCAGGGCUGACUUGAGAAGGGCUCGGCUGCAAGUGGAGAAGAGUGUUGCGGAAAACAAGCUGGACGAGUUGGAGAGUAGUGCUGAGAAUGUACAGCCGGAGAAGACGCAAUAG